UGGAAAACGAGCGGUGCUCCGGCGGCCCCGCAACUGCGGCCUCUUCCUCCGCGCCUUCGUCCGUUAAUCCCACUCUCCGACCAGGCAACCGCCACCGCCUCAUGCCUUUAAAGCGAGCCAGAGGAGAGAGAGGCAGGAGCAACCCAAUAAGCUAGCGGGACGCCGGAGAGAGGGGGUGGAAGCUGCCACGCGCGCUUCGCCCAAGCCCCCCUCCUCCUCGCCCUCCCCUUGCCGCUCACGCCGUUCAUAGCGUAGUACGUAGCACUUACGCGCGCGCGCAGCGCGGGCGAGAGAGACAAAGCUCGUCGGCCGGCUGUCUCUCGCCUGCCAUGGGAACGGAGGUGCUCCGCCCGCACGACUGCCUGACCCGCGUCCGCCACCACGCCCACGCCCACGCCCACGCCGGCUCCAGGCGGUCGCCGCGCCCGGCCGCGAGGAGGCGCCGCGGCACCGCUCGGCGCGCCCAGGCGGCGUCGCCCCUGCCGCAAGAGGUGCGGGUCAAGGUGUCGCCCGCCACCGCGGACGCCGCGUACGCCGGGCCAGCGUUCGGCGUCAUGUCGCCGUCGCCGCGGGCGCUGCCGCUGCCGCGCUUCAGCAACACCAAGACGGCAGCCCCGGCCACCGUGGAGGACUCGGCCACGCGGGAGCUCCGGCGGCUGCUGGGCCUCGAGCGGCCGGCCAACUAACCGCGCGCGAGAAAUCUGACGAGCAGGCCAUGGACUCAGAGAACCAAGAGAAGGGUGUGUCAAGAUGUACGUGUGGGUCUCUUCCAUUGAUUCUUUCCGGUCAAUCUCCGCCCCUGCCUCUCCGACGGCGCGCGUUCCCGGGGCCUCCCCCGUCCGGUGUUUUUGUCAAGGACCGAGGGUUUGUGCGGGACCCGUCGUAGGAGAGGGGGCUAAACUAGAGGAAGAAGAAAUGAUGAAAUGGCGGGAAGAUUUGAUGUGGUUGAGAUGUGGCUAACUGAAUCUGAUCAUCUUCAGAUUUGCUCUUGUGAUGCUCAAAAAUUGGGAUAGCUCAAACUUCUUGUCGACAACUGGACCAGUUGAUUAGGUGUAACAACUUGUACAUAAACUUUCAAUCGGAGAACAACACGAACUUAUUUCGGUGGGUAAUUAC